AUGGAGAAGGAACAUCAUCUCCAGCGGGCCAUUUCAGCACAGCAGGUAUAUGGAGAGAAGCGGGAUAAUAUGGUUAUACCAGUCCCAGAAGCAGAAAGUAAUAUUGCUUAUUAUGAAUCUAUAUACCCUGGAGAAUUUAAGAUGCCAAAGCAGCUUAUUCACAUACAGCCUUUUAGUUUGAAUGCUGAGCAACUGGAUUAUGAUUUGGAAUCAGAAGAUGAGGCCUUUGUGAAUAAGCUGAAGAAAAAAAUAGAUAUUUCUCCUUUGCAGUUUGAAGAAAUGAUAGUUCAGCUUGAAAAAGGAAGUGGUCAGCAGCCAGUCAGCCUGCAGGAAGCCAAACUACUCUUAAAGGAAGAUGAUGAACUGAUUAGAGAAAUAUACGAGUACUGGAUUAAAAAGAGAAAAAACUGUCAACGUCCCUCUCUUAUCUCAGCAGUGAAACAGGAGAAGCGUGAUGGUUCCAGCACAAAUGAUCCUUAUGUUGCAUUUAGAAGGCGAACAGAAAAGAUGCAAACUCGAAAAAAUCGAAAGAAUGAUGAAGCUUCUUAUGAAAAAAUGCUUAAACUGAGGCGGGAUCUGAGUCAUGCGGUAACAAUUCUUGAGAUGAUAAAGAGAAGGGAAAAGAGCAAGAGGGAGUUGCUGCAUUUAACAUUGGAAAUUAUGGAAAAAAGAUAUAAUUUGGGUGAUUAUAAUGGAGAGAUCAUGUCUGAAGUAAUGGUACAUCAACAGCCCAUAACACCUACUUAUGCUGUUCCUGUUAUUUCUGUUGCUAAUAGCACUCAGUUUAAACACCCAGAAAGUAUGGAAUUGAAGGAAUUUAAAAUAAACAAGCAAGAGAAAGCUGAUGCUAUACGACCAAAGAGAAAAUAUGAGAAGAAGCCCAAAAUUGUACCAUCAUCAGUUGCUCUUGCUACUCAGCAGUCAACUCCUGCUGCACUGAAUCAGUACGACUUUCCCAGCUCUGAUGAAGAACCUCUUUCUCACGUCUUGUCUGGCUCUUCUGAAGUUGAGGAAGAAAAUGAUCCUGAUGGGCCAUUUGCUUUCCACAGGAAAGCAGGCUGUCAGUAUUAUGCUCCUCAUUUAGAACAAACUGGUGACUUGCUGUGGAAUAGUCCUAAAGAGGCAACAUUAGGAGAUGAGCAUUACAGAUACUGCUUAACCACCCUUACUGUGCCACACAGGUGCAUUGGAUUUUCACGCAGACGGGUUGGACGUGGUGGAAGGUAG